CAGCUCAUAUGUUCCGCCUGCGUCGUGCUCUAGAGUGCCAUGUUUUUCGGGGCGGGUGACGGCUUGUAGACUGCGGAAACUGCUCGCCCCCCGAGUGGGACCUUCCGGCGGCGGACGUCGUGUCCGAAGGGUGUCCUGCACGGCCCCCACGCCCGCGCUGACGACUGCGAGACCGAUCUCGCGCACCAUUGGUCGAUAGAGCCCAAGGCGCACGUGAUGCUCCCGUAGAAAGCUGAGGACGGCGUUCAGGAGACACGGACGUGCGAUCUGUCGUCGAAAACUCGGGGAAAAAAGCGGCGAGUCGAGGCUGCUUUUAUCGUUGGAGGCGUCCGGGUGGGUCGUGGAAGUGAAUGACGGAUACCUGGUGACAAGUGAAAGUCCAGACGGCGCAGAAACCGUCCCCGAGGCGCUGCCGAGACCUAGGAACCCUCUCAGGUAGAAAACAAUCAAACUGACCGACCAAGCAAUCAAAAUGAGCUCCCUCAACACGCUGCUGGAGGCAGCGAGGUUCCUGGAGCUGCAGGAGCAACAGCAGCAGCACCAGGCCACCGUGGAUGCGGCCCUGGCCACCAUGAAACCCAUAUCGACGGUGGCGGUGUCGCCGGCGGUGCCCCAGGUGGUGGCCGCCACCCACGGCACCGCCGCUAAGGUCGUAACGACCUCUCCCCAGGCGGUGGUCAUCUCUUCCAACAGCAUCACCUCCACCAUCCUCCAGGGGCAGGCGCCCAUCGCGUUUCCGUCAGUCACACAGGCGCAGGUUGUGAAAAAGAUCGACCAGGAUGGCCAGGUGACCAGCACGACAGUGGCCCAGCAGGUGCCUCGCCACCGCAUCCUGCACAACAGUUUUGACAUCAUGAACCCGCUAAUCAUAGACGAGACGAACGGCACGGAAACGAAACGGAAGCAGCCCCCUUUGGUGUUUAGGGCUGGCACAAGGGAAGUACACAACAAGCUGGAGAAGCACAGGAGGGCCCACCUGAAGGAGUGCUUCGACAUACUGAAGAAGCAGCUGCCCUCCACCCAGGACGAGAAGAAGACGUCCAACCUGAGCAUCCUCCAUUCCGCCUUGCGCUACAUCCAGACGCUCAAGAGGAAAGAACGAGAACUGGAACACGAGAUGGAGAGGUUGGCCCGCGAAAAGAUCAGCGCCCAGCAGCGCUUGGCCGUGCUGAAGAAGGAGAUCUCGUCCCAUUACGACAACGUCGACUUCUCGAAACUCCUGCCGGACGUCGUACCGUCCAUGCAGAACGGAGGCGGUACCAGCAACUCCUUUUCGGAAGCAGUGACCACGGUCAUCGACUCGAGGUGCGAACCGGUAACCACCAGCAGCUGUUCGGGUCAGCAGAACGGAGGCGGGGAAAAAGUGGCCAUCCCCAUCCUGGCUAAGGCGGCCAUUCCCGUCGUCACGCAGACGAUGGCCCCCAUGAAAGAGGUAUCCCAGCCGGUACAGACCACAGCGCUGUCCGUUCUUCCCAUGACGUACCCCGUCAACCAGGGCCUGGUGCUGCAAAAGGUCGCGAUCGUCCCCAAGGGCCUCGACGGGCUGGCCCCACUCGUGUCCACGCACUUCAUCACGGCCCCCCAGCAGAUCAACGGCAAGGUGGUGCCGCUCACCCAGUACCUGGUCAAGCCCGUGGUGGUGGUCAGCACCGCUUCGCCCCGCCCGAGCUAGUGGGGAUGAACCGAACACAAAAGAACCCGAUUAAGGCGCAAAUGUAAUACUUUAAGCGCAAAUAUACAAGUUUUCCGCUCUUCUGUGCGCAAAGGUAUGCAAUGCCGCGCGCGCGGUCCUCUGACUGAACUGAGAGUAUCUAGUUUCCGAGAUUAGGAAGCGCGUGCUCGUCGGGUACGCCUAGUAUUAACUGAAAGAGAGUAGACGGUGUGACUGUAUAAGGUUCAGUUCGCUGCCGAGUUUAUUUUUGUAAGGUUUGAGUAUCGCGGAGGGCUCCGGAGUCGAGGGGAACCCCGCCCAUUCAAUUCGUCAACGCUCGGACGCGCCAAAAGUAACAUUCCACUGUGUAGCGACCAAUGGGUAUCUGAGUCAAAGUAGGCCUGUCCCUCGGGACGGCGUAGAAUCUGUGAUAAACGAAUCAAACAAACAAAAAGUUACAUCAAUAGGCUAUGAAAGUGCCUUCAAACGCUUUUAACCAAAUUUUGGGCUUGCGGCGGCGGCGAUUCUCCUCGACUCUCGAGCGGUACAGUGGUCGCUAGCUCGACUGUCCAUAUUAAGGCGUCGGGUGUAAUUUUCCGGGCAUUUCUUUCAGACACCCCGUACAACCAACAAAAUUAAGUGAUAAAUACGAUUUUAGUUCUUUCAACGCUGUUGAAUCGCAAUAUUUCUGUGUACCUCGUAGGUACGGGUUGUCUGAGAAAAAAGGCCCGUGUACAAAUCAUUGAACUUUGCUUUCCCACACUCGUGACAAUAUAAUUUUUUUUUAACGUUUUAAGUUUUUAAACCGAGAUUCGUGUUUUGGUAAUUUAAACAGCUACUCUUGCAGUUUAUUAAUUUAUUAAUUAUAGGGUCAUUCUUACCCAAUAUUUUAGAUCUCCUAUUAAUUUUUAUAUUGAUUUAUUUUUUAUCAAUUGUAAAUAAGUUAUUAUAGAUAAGGAAGGUGUGCGUUAAAAACUUGUACAUAUUUAUUUUAAGAUGUAAAUAAGAAUUUAUCAACUAAAAUUAUCCUUAAAAUAGUUUUCUGUUCUAUCUGUAAAUAAAUACAUAAAUAUAUACCCAUAUUAUUUUGGGCCAAAUAAUGUAUUAAA